CAUGCUUUCUGUCCAUCUUUAUGUUCCGCUUCUCACUUUGGGGUUGCUGUUACUUGUGAGAGCCUUCAUCAACAACUCAAACAUCUAUCACAUUUGAAGGUACCAAAAAUACUUUCAAACAUAAUAGUUUCAAACCAUCUGAUAUCUCCAUGUAAUUAUCGGGAAACCCAUGUCCCUUAUUUUGCCAAUGAUGUUUUAUUGACUAUAUAUUAUGUGGGAAUUUUCUCAGAAGUUCAGCCCCACAAAUACUUUUGUACUUUUAUUGACUACACUGGCAACAACUCUUAUACAAUGAUGCAAGUGACAAUUUCCACUGUUUGUCUCUUUCUCCCACACUCCACUUUCAUUCCUCUAUUUAUAUGUCCAGAACCCCCAACUUAUUCCUACGUAUUACUUCCUGCUACCCUUAAUUAUUCUGUCUAUCUUUUUGAUCAUUUAUCUUAUCUUGUGUCCAUCAAAGUCAUGAACAAGUUUAACAAAUCUGAAGUUCUAGUGCUCAUUGUACUAGGUCUUCUCCUUGGGAUCACACCCUUAUUACCUUCCUCUUACAGGCCUACCUACCUUUACUUCAUCUUUAAUGUUCUAAUCAUUGCACUUGGAGCUGAAGCCGGUCGUAUCUCAGCUUUUUCUAAGCCUUUGGAAGACAAACAGCAACAUGUUUCUGAGGAAAAGGAAGCACUUAACGUAACCAGUGGAAGUGAUGAAAAGAAGCCUAAGAUUGCUGAAAAGUCUGCUUGUGAUGAGAAGACUGUUGGUGUCACAGAAGUAGAUAAGGUGAAAAAGUGUUCUUCAAUGCCAAACCUUUUGUUUAUAGGAAGCGGAGAAAGGGAAGGAGAAGUGAUGGAUGAGGAGAUUGAAGCAGAAGAUGAGAUUGGGGGAGUUAUAAAUAAUGAGCAAGAGCUGUUUGCAAAAGCUGAGGCCUUCAUUGGGAACUUCUACAAACAGUUAAAGAUGCAGAGAGAGGAGUCUUGGGUUUAUUAGAAAGCCUUUUAUGAACUAUUAGUUGAGAGACUGAGAAAUUAUAUCAUUAUGCUUUAGGAGACAGAGAAACACUGGAUUUGUACAGAUUUUAAUUUGGAUUUAGAGGUUAGAUUUCUUUGCCAAUUAUGUCAUAUCAAUGCUACUGAAUGUAUGUAUAAAUAAUCAAACUUUAAGUCAACUUUAACAUCUUAAUAUAAAUGAUAGUUGCGCAGAGUAUAAUUAAAGAUAUAAUUGAUUAUAAAUAUGUUUCAUUAGCCCUAGUUUUUUUUAUA